AUGCAAAGUGUACCAGAGCACAAGCUGGGGCAAUCACCGGGCGGUACUGCUGCUGGAGGAGCAGGUGCGGGUGCUGCUGCUGCCAAGGGCAAGGGAAACAAUGCUGCUGCGGCGGACCCUAUCGGUUCGCUCCUUGGAGGUCUUACUGGGGCGAAGGCCAAGGGCAAGACUGCCACCGCCGCCGCUCCAGCGAAGGCGAAGGGUAAGACACCCGCUGCUGCUGCUCCGGCAAAGGCGGCCAAGAAAGCAAAGAGCCCAGCCCUUGGAGCUAGACAGGCCGCGGCCGUUCCUGCCGCCUCCGCCGCCCCUGCUGCGGCUCCGGCUGCAGCUCCAGCUGCAGCCCCGGCCGCUGAUCCCAUCGGCUCGGUGCUUGGAACAUUGACGGGCAAGACCAACGGUCAGGCUGCUGGUGCUGCUGCUGCCCCUGCGGGAAGUCAAGCUGCCGACCCAGUUGGUGCUGUUCUUGGAACUGCCGCUGGUGUUCUCAAGGGCAAGGGAGGCCAACCAGCUGGUGCCGCGGCACCCGCAGGCUCGCAAGCCGCUGAUCCUAUCGGAACAGUCCUGGGAACCGCCGCCGGUGUCCUGAAGGGCAAGGGUCAACCCGCCAACGCGGCAGCCCCUGCUGGCAAUGCUGCUGCCAACCCCCUUGCGGCUCCCUUGAACACUGUGCUGGGUGCGGCUGCUGGCGUUCUGAAGAAGAAGGGAGCUGCUACUCCUAACGCUGCCGCUCCCGCUGCUGGUGCCGCCGCACCCCCUCCAGCAGCUGCCGCACCACCUCCAGCUGCAGCUCCUGCAGCACCUGCCGCCUCUAAGCCGGCUCCGGCUCCAGCUGCGCCGGCCGCACCCGCUGGAUCCAAGCCUGCCGCCGCGGCUCCCCCCGCUGCUCCCAAGCCUGCUCCCCCGGCCGCGGCUCCUCCGGCUGCAGCUCCGAAGCCCGCCGCCCCUGCUCCUGCCGCUCCCGCUGCUGCUCCCCCCGCCGCACCAGCUGCCGGCAAGCCUGCGCCGCCUCCAGCUGCCGCUCCGGUCCCUGCUGCCCCAGCUGGUGGCAAGCCGGCCGCGGCCCCGGCUCCAGCCCCUGCAGCCCCCGCUCCACCGGCCGGAGGAAAGCCAGCUGCUGCCCCACCCGCCGCCCCGAAGCCAGCUGCUCCACCAGCUGCCGCUCCGGCUCCCCCUCCUGCCGGAGCCCCCGCGACUCCCGCAGCCCCGGCGGGGAAACGUAUGCGCGUGCGUUUCUAA